AUGUUGCUGUGGUCAUUAUGGAGUGCAAUAUUGCUACUGACCCCCCUGGAGGCUGCAGAGGAGGAUGAUGUGCAAGCAGGCUGCAGCACAGCUGUAAAUGACCUUGUCUAUAUUGUUGAUGGCUCGUGGAGUGUUGGCACCUCAGACUUUGAGACGGCCAAGCAGUGGCUUAUCAACAUCACCAGCCAAUUUGAUAUCAGUUCCCACUACACGCAGGUGGCUGUGAUCCAGUACAGCGACACUCCUCGUCUGGAGAUUUCUCUGGGGAUACACCAGGGUGGAGCAGAGCUCAUCGAGGCCAUACAAGGCAUCACCUACCUUGGAGGAAACACACAGACUGGCAGGGCUAUCAAGUUUGCUGUGGACCACGUUUUCUCCUCCUCCCAAAGAGCCAGCCAGGUCAAGAACCGCAUCGCUGUGGUGGUCACAGAUGGCAAAUCUCAGGAUGACGUGGUGGAUGCAAGUGUGGAGGCACGAGCAGAGGGCGUUACAGUAUUUGCUGUUGGAGUUGGCAGUGAGAUCACCACGUCGGAGCUGGUAUCCAUUGCCAAUCGACCAUCAUCUGCCUAUGUCUUGUAUGCUGAGGAUUACACCACCAUUGACCGUAUUCGAGACAACAUGGAGCAGAAGUUGUGUGAAGAGUCUGUGUGUCCAACUCGAAUCCCGGUGGCAUCUCGGGAUGAGAAAGGCUUUGAGCUGCUGCUGGGCAUGAACAUUCAGAAGAAGGCCAAGAAGAGCCCAGGCUCUCUGAUUUCUGAGGCAGCCUAUUCCCUUACUGCCUCCACAGACAUUACUGAGAAUACCAGGGAUAUUUUCCCAGAAGGCCUCCCUCCAUCCUAUGUGUUUGUCGUAACCCUGCGUCUAAAGGGGUCUUCCAGCAAGCUGACAUUCGACCUUUGGAGGGUGCUGUCUAAGGAUAAGGAGAUCCAGGCUGCAGUGACACUAAGUGGGAAUGACAAAAGUGUUACAUUCACCACCACCAGUCGGACAGAAAAUUGGCAGAGAAUCACCUUUAAAAACGGCUUUCAGAAUCUGUAUGACGGAAAGUGGCAUCAACUUAAAGUUCUGGUGAGACCAAGCCAGGUCACAAGUUUCCUUGACGAUCAACCAAUUCAGGAAAUUAUGCUGGAACCAGGGGAGCCAAUUUACAUCAAUGGAAAGACACAGGUGGCAAAGAGACGAGGAACAGACAUCACUGUGCCUGUAGAGAUUCAGAAGCUGCGUCUGUACUGUGAUCCCCAUCAGAGUGAAAGAGAAACAGCCUGUGAGAUUUACUCUGUGGAUGAUGAAAGGUGUCCUCUGAAUCGAACAGCUGCAGAUGAGGAAGAAGACUGUAACUGUGUAGUUGGACCAAAAGGGCAGGCGGGCCUACCAGGACGCAUGGGUUUCAGAGGGGAGAAAGGGAGGGAAGGACCACCAGGACCUGAUGGCAAGUCUGGUAAAGAUGGGAAACAUGGGGAUCUUGGACCUUCUGGAUUUACAGGGAUGAAGGGUGAAGUUGGCCCCGCAGGACUAAGUGGGGACCCUGGUCUAAAAGGUCUCAAAGGAGACAGAGGCGAACCAGGCUUAUCAGGAGAAACCGGACCUCCAGGAACCAAGGGUCUUCCUGCUGACAAAGGGGAGCUGGGACCUCCAGGAGAAGCUGGACCAAUGGGGGAGCCAGGACUACCAGGUAGCGGAGGACUGGUUGGAACUCCAGGACCAAAGGGGGUGAGCGGAGACGGUGGUGCUGCUGGAGCUCCAGGCGAGGUGGGUGUUCAGGGACCUCCUGGUGAAGUGGGCCUAAAAGGACCACAGGGAGAAGGAGGCUUGCCUGGGCCAAGAGGGCCACCAGGAAUUAACGGGACAAUGGGAAUCCAAGGACCCCAGGGGCCGCCCGGAGAGAGCGGCCACGAUGGUCCCAAGGGGAAGUGUGGAGAUCCAGGUGUCAUUGGUCCUGUUGGUCCACCAGGCCAGAAGGGCUCAACAGCGGACUCGGGUUUACCAGGUCUGCCGGGUGCCAUGGGGCUGCCGGGGUUCAAAGGUCACAAGCCAGGCGAUUGGUUCACAACCAUCGACCUGAAGGACGCUUACUUUCAUGUCAACAUUUCUCCAAAGCACAGAAAGUAUUUGCAUUUUGCCUUCCAGGGGGUAGCCUACGAGUACAACAGGCUACUGUUCGGCUACUCCCUAUCCCCACGCACGUUCAGCAAAUGUGUGGCCACUGCACUCCAGCCGCUGCACGUCCAUGGCAUGAGAAUUUUCUUUUCCCACGGGGCUAUCUCCCGGAAUUGA